AAAGCUUAGCUGCCGCACAUCGGACUACUCAUCAUUCACACGCUCAUCUAAGCUUUUUUCACCAGAAAAUGGAUGACGACUUAGAUGAUCUCCUGAACGAGGUCGAAACCAAGUUCUGUACGAAGUCCCCAGCAAAGUCAGGGUCAGAAGGCAGGGCUAUUAGUGCGAAUUCAAGACUGAAAUCGAAGCCAAAAUUGAGCAAAAGUGCUACUGCUAAUGGAUCAAAGGAGAAGGAUGAGCUAGAUUCUAUCAUUGAUGACAUCAUAGAUGUACCGGAGCCUUUGGAGACCAUUUCACAUCGAUCCGGACCGCCAUCCCAAUCUUCCUCUUCUAAAUCAGGUGGUGUGAAUGGGGUAUCUUCAGAGAGGAGAUGCUUUCCAGUAUACCUAGGUGGUAGUUCAAUAGCAAUGGGUGUGGGAUCUACAGUUGUACAGAAAGCCUGUGAUCAGCUGCGAUGUACCUCCUGUGAUUUCAAAAUAGUGUUUUAUGAUGAUUAUGAAUGGGACCAAAGCUGCAAUUAUCUCUUCUUCAGGAAUAAUGUUCCAGACUUCCAGAAACUGCGUGCAAAACUCAGAAAAAAGAAAGGUUGUAGAGCAUAUGCAUGCCAGUGCUGCUGGAGGUCAAUCAGAACUCUAACAAAUCUUAGCGAGGAUCAUGAUCUCAAAUGGGUUUGUGGGAAGCAUGUCAGGUGACCUCUGAUGCCAUUGUCCAGGUAGAGGGGGCAUUAGAUUGUGGCAUUAAAUAUUAAUGAAAUGGUUAUCACAGAGAGAGAGAGAGAGUGAGAGAGACAGAGAGUUUGAGUGUAGGAAAUUUGGUAUAAGCUUAUUACACUUGACUAUAAUUAGUAAAGAGAGAUAGAUGUUUUUUUAUAGCUAAAAACAAAACAUUGCUAAGCCUCAUGCCUCAAGAAUUCUAUGUCAAAGAAGUAACACAUGCAUUUAUUUUGAUAACUUUAACAGUUUUUGUGUUGAUAUUCUGGGGGGUGUUUCACAAAGAUUUAAGUAUGAUUUAGGGUCGCACUUAAGUGCAGUCGCAUACAUGAUAUGCGACGCGCAAUCAUGUUGAUCAAUAUGCAGUAGUGGGCUCCCCUCGGCAUGAUCUGACCAAUGCAGUCAUGCCUUUACUUCCGCACAAAACUCUGCAUUUAAUUACGAUUCAAAGUCACACUUAAUUCUUAGUGAAAACCCCCCCUGGUCAGAUAGGCUAGGGGAAUGAAGCAAUAAAUAUUGCCUUUCCCAUUUCAAUUGUGGGCAUUGAAACAUAUCAGACAUUGUUUGCAGGAUGUGAAAUAUCCUAUGGACAUUGACUAUUGCUAGAGGCUUAUAUCACCCUGUAUGUAAAUGUGAAGUGUUUUGACAAAUGAUCAUAUUCUAGCAAUUAAUGGUUUUCAUCAUUCAGGAAUCCUAUUUUUCCAUAUCUCUAGAGGUGACAGAGAAAAAGAAUGUAUUGUUAAUGGGCAAGUAUACCCCAGUCAAAAGUUGAUUCAAAUAAAGAGAGAAAGCAAACUAGCAUAAUACUGAAAAUUUCAUCAAAAUUGGAUGUAAAGUAAGAAAGUUAUAACAUUUUGGAUAAAGCUUUGAUUAAUUUUACAAAGUCAUAUGCUUCUCCUGGUCGGUAUACAAAUGAGGGGAUUGAUGACAUCACCCACUCACCAUUUCUCUUGUAAAAAAUAUCAAGAAUAAUUUUUCCUCAUAAUGUAAAACAAGGUUUGCCACCUUGAUUAAGUGGGAUUGCCAAUGUGGCAACCUAUGAUGAUUCAUAAAGAUGUUUUCUUGCUGUCAAACCUAUAUUUUGUAUAAUAAGUACAAAAGAAAAAGUGAGUGAUAUCAACACUCACAUUUGCUUAUCAGUGUGUUGUGCAUAUAACUGUUCUGUGAAAAAUAAAGGAAUCUUUUAGCAUUUUUAUUUUACAUCCAAUUUCAAUGAAUUUUCAGUAUUCUUGUUUGAUUUUUCUAUUAUUAUUUGAAUCCAUUUUUAUUGGUGUGAGAAGGGUGGGAAGUGGGUUUGAGAUAAAUGAUUGGGAUAGAGGUAUGAAAUUUACAAACUGAGAGGGGAAAGAAUGAUAUUUGUACAGUUCUCAAGCUGAAUUUUUUAAUUAUUAAUCUUAGUAAUGCACUUUUUUCUUGAUCACUUUCAUAAAUGUUUUUUUUUCAAUUUGAAUAAUUUUUAUUUUGAAGAAAACUUGUUAAUUUGGUAGAAAAGAGACAAUAACCAAAAAUUAUAAAAGGGCACCAGCGUAACCAGCAUCAACUAUGACAAAGAUAUGUAUGGGGCCCAUGCACAAGCAUAAAUAUUGUCCCCAGACAAUUUGGCCCAUGAAAUGCUUUGUAGGAUCUGAUGCUGGAUACAUGCCUGAAGGGGGUAUGUUUUAGAAGAAGAAACAUUCCCCUUUUCAUCCUUUUUGGUGGGUUUUAUGUUCCCAAGAUUCAAGAAGGUGCUGUUGCACAAGUGAACGUGCUACGGACGGCAACAGCUGCCCGUUGACACCAAUGUUAUGUGAUGCCGAUGCCAUGUUUUUUAUGCUAGAAUUUUGAUCUUUCUCAGUUCACUUUGGCUGUUGUUAAAAAAUUGUGGCAGGUUGGCUCCGCCUCUGUGUGAAGUGAUGUCAGUAGAUGUUUGGGCCAUGGCCGAUGUUGAUGAUCUUCGUAAUGAAGAUGGCAGCAAGUACAGCACGUACAGGUAACAAAAUUUGUCCAGCGUUGCCCUCUUGAAUCCUGGGAGCGUAUACG